AGGAGGACCAGUCGGAGCUAAUGGCGACCGCCACGUUAGAAAAGCUGUAUUUCUUCUAUUUCGCAUCUCACGUCCCCAUCACGCUGUUUAUCGACCUGCAAGCGCUGCUCCCGGGCUACGUCUACCCGCAGGCGCUCAAAGACCUCCUGAGGUGGUACGCAGACGAGUUCCGAGACCCAAUGGUACUGGAUCCACCUGUCUGGUUCCGCUCGUUCAUUUUCUGCGAGGCUUUGCUCCAAACACCUUUCUUCCCCGUUGCAGCAUAUGCAUUCCUAAAAGGUGGAUGUCGAUGGAUCAGGACACCGGCCAUUAUAUAUUCCACACAUGUGGCCACGACCCUGGUCCCUAUCCUAGCACACAUUCUCUUCUAUCCGUUCCCCCGCGAGCCCUACCUCGGACCCCAGACCCCGAAGGAACGCUGGACGCUGGUGUCCAUAUAUGCUCCGUACCUGCUCGUUCCUCUGAUGCUGCUUUUCACCAUGCUCUUCUCCUCCACAUACAACUCAACCUGCAAGGCUGCGAAUGGCUCGGCUAAAAGCAAGAAGAAAAGCUGAGACGUACCAACAUGAGUCCUGCCCCACUCUUCGCCGCCUUUGCACCAUGUCAAAGUGUGUCCCACCCAGUUUUUAAGGCUGUGCCAUUUUAUAUGUUUGAUAUGGCAAAGAUGAAACACCAGCAGAAACUGAACUUGAGUUGUAUUCAUUUUCAAUCUGGAUCAACAAUCAGCAGUUCUACACACAAAUACUUCAAUCACCAGUUCUACACACAAAUACUUCAAUCACCAGUUCUACACACAAAAUACUUCAAUCACCAGUUCUACACACAAAUACUUCGAUCACCAGUUCUACACACAAAUACUUCAAUCACCAGUUCUACACACAAAAACCUUCAAUCACCAGUUCUACACACAAAUACUUCAAUCACCAGUUCUACACACAAAUACUUCAAUCACCAGUUCUACACACAAAUACUUCAAUCACCAGUUCUACACACAAAUACUUCAAUCACCAGUCCUACACACAAAUACUUCAAUCACCAGUUCUACACACAAAAACCUUCAAUCACCAGUUCUACACACAAAUACUUCAAUCACCAGUUCUACACACAAAUACUUCAAUCACCAGUUCUACACACAAAUACUUCAAUCACCAGUUCUACACACAAAUACUUCAAUCACCAGUCCUACACACAAAUACUUCAAUCACCAGUCCUACACACAAAUACUUCAAUCACCAGUCCUACACACAAAAACCUUGAAUGACAUGUAAGCAAGGUGUUUAUAAUGCCUCUUCACCGAGCAGCCGUCCUGGAGGAGCGACUCCAGGAGCUACUAAAAGGAGCUGAUUCUUUAUUUAAAUGGUGGUCGAAUUCAUGCUCGGUUGCAUUUUGUGUGUCUCAGAUUUUAAUUUAAGAGCAGACUUGUGAAAGUGUUGAACGUUGACUUCAGAUAAGCUUGAAAUUAAAAAGCUCAGUUGCUGUAACAGUCUUGAAACCUUCAGGAUUCUGUGUGUGGGUAUUCUGGUUCUGCUCUAGACGUACUAUGUGGGUCUCUGGAGGUGUGAAAGCUCCUGCAGCCUGGCUUGGCCUGCAGGCCUGCAGGGCCUGGCCUGCAGGGCCUGGCUCGGGUCAAGCAGCCGGAGGGAGGAGGGAGCCACGCGCUCGCUCAAACUUGGAGCAAGGAGUUUGCUCUCGUGUCCACAGGCUCUGUGGAACAAGCCGAGUUCAACACAAAUGGCAGGGAGAGGAUUUGUACCUUUAUUGUGAAAGUGACAAAACGUGUUGAAACAGAAAGGAGGGCUUCAAAGCAACAAAAACAAAAACGAAACAGUUUUGAGGUCGAAGUUCGUUUGCGGAUUAUUCCGCUUACAGUGGCCCUUUUCAUUCACGUAUGUUUCUCGUGCAUUCAGAUGGUUUUUAUUCAUUCAAAUCUGAUUUCAUGUGCUUAAAUUAAAAAUUUUACUUUUUCUACCAUUUUGAAUUUUUUUGAAAAUCACUUUUUCUUUGUCCCUGCUCGGGUCUAGGACCCCAGUCCACUGGGCCUCAAGUCACCGACUGCCCGUCUUAUCAACCCAGCAUGUGCAGCGGCUGUUGAGCGUCUGAAAUCCAGAUUUGACCAGAAAUGUA